GAGUGUGCACACAGCAGCUGGCGGCAUCCCUGUCUCAGGGACUUCUUUGCUGAUUCACAGAGGCAGCCCAGCCCUGGCCUUCCGGUUGCCAGUUGCCGCCUGCUCCUCAGACCUGACGGAAUCACAAGGUGCUUAUGCUCAAUGGUCAGUGCACUGCCCAUCCUCACCCUCCAUGAGCCUUGGUUCUGAUGCAACCUAUGGUCAUGCAGGGAUGUCCUUACACCCUCCCACGAUGUCAUGAGUGGUGGGCAGCUAACCAGCUGCAUCCCAGCAGCAGCCUCCGAAGCACCUGCCCCCAGCCUCAGGUUAGAGCUGCUGUCACCACCCCUACGCCUCCUCAGGAUGGUGCUGAGGUUCCCUGCCUAAGCCCAAAGCUGUUCAACAGGUCUGUUGGUGCCACUGGACCCCUAGAACCACCAGCCAUGAAUCUGUGUUGGAAUGAAAUAAAAAGGAAGUCUCACAGCCUCCGCGCUCGCUUGGAGGCCUUCUCAGACCACAGUGGAAAGCUUCAGCUCCCUCUCCAAGAGAUUAUUGACUGGCUCAGCCAAAAGGAUGAGGAAUUGUCAGCUCAGCUGCCCCUACAAGGGGAUGUGGCCCUGGUGCAACAGGAGAAGGAAACACAUGCGGCCUUUAUGGAAGAUGUCAAGUCUCGGGGCCCCUAUAUCUACUCGGUGCUGGAGUCAGCUCAGGCCUUCCUGUCCCAGCACCCCUUUGAGGAAUUAGAGGAGCCACGUUCUGAGAGCAAAGAUACCUCUCCCAAACAGCGGAUCCAGAAUCUUAGCCGCUUUGUGUGGAAGCAGGCAACAGUGGCCAGUGAACUAUGGGAGAAGCUGACAGCCCGCUGUGUGGACCAGCACCGCCAUAUUGAGCGCACUCUUGAGCAGCUGUUGGAGAUCCAAGGGGCAAUGGAGGAAUUAAGCACUACUCUGACUCAGGCUGAGGGAGUCCGAGCCACCUGGGAGCCCAUUGGGGAUCUCUUCAUUGAUUCACUCCCUGAGCACAUCCAGGCCCUUAAGCUAUUUAAAGAGGAAUUCUCCCCCAUGAAAGAUGGAGUGAAGUUGGUGAAUGAUCUGGCUCAUCAACUUGCUAUUUCUGAUGUGCACUUGUCAAUGGAGAAUUCCCGGGCCCUGGAGCAGAUCAACAUUCGGUGGAAGCAGCUACAGGUGUCAGUUGGUGAGAGACUGAAGCAGCUCCAAGAUGCUCACCGGGACUUUGGGCCUGGGUCACAACACUUCCUCUCCUCCUCUGUCCAGGUUCCCUGGGAAAGAGCAAUCUCACCCAACAAAGUUCCCUACUUUAUCAACCACCAGUCUCAGACCACAUGCUGGGACCAUCCCAAGAUGACGGAGUUAUACCAAACCCUGGCUGAUCUGAACAAUAUUAAGUUCUCAGCUUACCGCACUGCCAUGAAGCUACGUAGGGUCCAGAAGGCACUACGUCUGGACCUGGUAACUUUAACUACAGCCCUGGAGAUCUUCACUGAGCAUGAUCUGCAGGCCAGUGAGCAUGUGAUGGAUGUGGUGGAGGUCAUUCACUGCCUGACUGCCUUGUACGAACGGCUGGAGGAGGAAAGAGGCAUCCUGGUCAAUGUGCCACUCUGUGUGGACAUGAGCCUCAACUGGCUCCUCAAUGUUUUUGAUAGUGGUCGCAGUGGAAAGAUGCGGGCAUUGUCCUUUAAGACUGGCAUUGCAUGCCUGUGUGGCACAGAAGUGAAGGAAAAACUGCAGUACCUCUUCAGCCAAGUGGCCAACUCAGGCAGCCAGUGUGACCAACGCCAUCUCGGUGUUCUGCUCCAUGAGGCCAUUCAGGUGCCCCGUCAGCUGGGGGAAGUGGCAGCCUUUGGGGGCAGCAAUGUGGAGCCCAGUGUCCGAAGCUGCUUCCGUUUUAGCACUGGGAAGCCAGUCAUUGAAGCUUCACAGUUCCUGGAAUGGGUCAACUUGGAGCCCCAAUCCAUGGUGUGGCUGGCUGUUCUGCAUCGGGUCGCCAUUGCUGAGCAAGUGAAACAUCAGACCAAGUGCUCUAUCUGUAGGCAGUGCCCCAUCAAGGGCUUCAGGUACCGAAGUCUGAAACAGUUUAACGUGGACAUCUGCCAGACCUGCUUCUUAACAGGCAGGGCCAGCAAAGGCAACAAGCUGCACUACCCUAUCAUGGAGUACUACACCCCGACCACAUCCAGUGAGAACAUGAGGGACUUUGCCACAACCUUAAAGAACAAAUUCCGCUCAAAGCAUUAUUUCAGCAAACACCCUCAGCGUGGUUAUCUGCCUGUGCAGUCAGUGCUGGAGGCUGACUACAGCGAGACGCCAGCUUCUUCCCCGAUGUUGCCACACGCUGACACACACUCCCGCAUUGAGCAUUUUGCCAGCAGGCUUGCUGAGAUGGAAAGUCAGAAUUGCUCCUUCUUUAAUGACAGCCUGUCCCCAGACGACAGCAUAGAUGAGGACCAGUACUUACUGCGUCACUCCAGCCCCAUUACAGACCGGGAGCCAGCCUUUGGACAACAGGCUCCAUGUGGGAUGGCCACAGAAAGCAAGGGCGAGCUAGAGAAGAUCCUGGCCCACUUAGAAGAUGAGAACCGGAUUCUCCAGGGAGAGCUGAGGCGCCUGAAGUGGCAGCAUGAGGAGGCUGCUGAGGCGCCCACCCUUGCUGAGGGCCCUGCUGAGGUGGUGCAGGACCACCACAAUGAGGAGCUCUUGGCCGAGGCCCGGAUCCUUCGGCAGCACAAGAGCCGCCUGGAGACGCGCAUGCAGAUCCUUGAGGACCACAACAAGCAACUGGAGUCCCAGCUGCAGCGCUUAAGGGAGCUGCUCCUGCAGCCGCCCACCGAAUCAGAUGGCAGUGGUUCCACAGGCUCAUCCCUAGCUUCCUCUCCGCAGCAGUCAGAAGGCAGUCACCCCCGGGAGAAGGGACAGACUACUCCAGACACUGAGGCUGCAGAUGAUGUAGGGUCAAAGAGCCAAGAUGUCAGCCUGUGCUUGGAGGAUAUCAUGGAGAAGCUCCGCCAUGCCUUCCCAAGUGUGCGAAGCUCUGAUGUGACUGCCAACACCCUGCUGGCCUCUUGAUGGAGCCAGAUCCCCAUUCUGUAGUCCACAGUCCUCAGUCCUCUCCCGGAUCUGGUCAAAGCCUUUCCUUAGCCUUCACCCAACCUUUCCAGUCCCCACUGGCCCUACAGUCCUCAAUCAGAGUUCCUUGGGUUUUACAUACCACCAGAACCCAGCAGGGUUCUGGUGGUAUGUAAAGUGGGUGUGUGAGGGUUGGCGGAGGGAGAGGCAUGAUUCCUCCGACCCUAGAAAUGUGCCCUUUAAUCCUGAAGUUUGAGACCAGUCCCUUAAGUAUGCUUCUGUUGCAGCCCAGGCAGAUGGCACUUGGAGGUCAUCCAGAUGGGGAGCAGAGGGGCUGCCUUGCAGAGCUAAGCAGUGCCCAUUGGCCCCUUUCCCUUCUCCAAACAACUGUGGACAUGGGGAAACCUAAUGGCCCCAGGGUUCCAGCAUUAUGAAUCCACAGGACUUAGCCCUAAUCUGGUUCAACUCAGGAAGGUCAAAGGACAUCCCUGAGACACGCCCCCAAGUGUCCCUGAUAAAGUCUGGGUAGCAUAUGUCCUAUUCAGUUUGAGGGCAUCUCUCCAGCCAUUCUGAUGCUACCUGGCUGUUGUUUCCUCCUUGAAUAGCUUCAGUUCCUUUUGUCUCAGGCCCUCAGACCUUUCUCAAGGGUUGGGGAGGACAGUUUAUUCUGGUUCCUACUUCCACCUUACAUUUGGAAACAAAGAAAUACUUAUGGGCUUAGAUAUUUUUCCCGAUCCUCCUCUUCCCUGAAGGCCUCAGCAUCCUGCGAGAGCAGCUGAGUUGCUCUAGGAAUCCAGCUGAAGCCACCCUUAGCUCUUCUGAGUCAACCAUCACAGUCCUGCAGGAGAGGCAGUAGCUUGCUCAGCCAUCCACGAACCUGGAAAAGUGUGACUGCCCAACACCCUUGCAGGCUGAAUCUUUUUUCUUUUAGGCUGAAUCAGACAAGGUGGCUGGUCACCCCCAGCUAAUCAUAAGGAAGAUGCAAUCAGCUGCCCUGAAUAGUGGCCCCUUCCUGGGAGCCACUGGCCACACAUCAGCAAGCUGACCACUUUACACCCAGAUAACAGCAAGGCCUUCCUUUGCAUAAAACUGUUCUUUCUAACUCUGGAAGGUGAAUCUGAUCCUCAAACUAAACUAAUUCUUUCUAGGCAACAUAUACCAUGACCCUUUACCCAGAAACUGUUCAGAGUAGGUAGUGGGAAGUGGGCUUGGGAACUUUGAACAUGGUCAGAACCCACUGAGGCAGCUUUCUAUCAAAAGGAGCUUUACAACCGAGAGCCCUGCAAUUGACCCGAUUUGCCUAAAUUUAUAUACAUCCAUACCUCUCCUAUAGAGCUACCGCACAUCAGUACUCCCCUGGCCUCACUCACACAUUAAAUUCUAAUACCUCUUAAAGCAUUAAUGUUCUGCCUUGCUCUUUGUUAGCCCCAGCCUCUGGUUGGGCAGAUAGAUGCAUUCUGGCUGCUCCCCUAGGAUCUCUCUCCAUUCCUGUUUGGGGUGAGCUGUCUUCCAGACCAAAGCAACAGAAGCCUGUGGCCACAGAGUAAUCUAACAGGAAGCAUCACGCUUUUCUCUUCACUCAUUCCAAAUCUUGUUCCCUUGAGAUCUGGUCCUUGGGUGAAUUUUUACGAGCUCCUCUAAACAACGGUUUAGGUCCCAAAAUAGAGCAAACCCAAGUUCUGCUCACCCCAUGUAGAAAAGAAGGAACAUACAGUCUUUUGUUAGCCUUUGCUGGGUUAAGGCACCGAGUACAUCCUUUAGCCCCUUCUAAUUCCCAAGUCUGGCUCAGGGUCUUCAAGAAAGCAGUGGUUGGCCCCAAGGUCAGGAGGGUGUGAAAUGGUUGGGGUACUGUGUUAUGAUCAAGCAAUGGGCCAGUGGAUAGAGCUGCCGGAAACCUAGGUUUAUCUGCUCCAGGGAAGGGUGAGCAGCAGCUUGGGUCCAGAUGCCUAGGAUUGCCUCCUUCUAGAAUUGCCAGGGGAGACUGAGGCAUGGGUCCAGCAUGUCAGACCUCAUCACAACAUCUGCCUUAGUGCUCAGGAGGCCUCCAGGUAGAGGACUGGGCAUCCGGAUGUAUGGCAAGCAGAUGGUAGGCAGACAUCAAACACAGGGCCUGGGCAUCUGUCUGUGGGUGGGUGGUGGUGGGAGCUGUAUUGUAGGGGCCUAGAUUAUGGGCAAGAAUUGGAUAGAACAAGUUUUCCAUAGGAUAGAGACCUCUGGGUCUUUGAGGGAUAUGCCCACCUAAGUCUUAGGAGGGCAGAUGUUAUGGAACAAUUUUUUACCAGGAAAGUCUUGGGAAAUCCUUUCCAUAAUUCCCACUCCACCCAAGAUAUCUGGGUUGCUGAGGGCCUGUGGCAACCACAGUGGGCCAUGCAGGGUGGACAAGAUGUAGAUCUUGUUACAUAGGAAUUGUGCCAUAGAUGGACCAAAGUGGCAGAUCAAGGGUUGAAUUCUCACUAACGGGGUCACUGACACUUUGUAGUCCUGUGUUUUCCUUACUGCCCAAAAAGAGUGUAUGGCUCCUGGGUCCUGUGCCAGUCAAGGCAGCUUGUGUGGGCAGUUUGCCUGCAGGGAGGGAAGUGGAUCCUUGGGCACUGUGAAGCCAAACUAGGGUGGGAUUGACAGAGAUGUGUUGUAUGUCAUUAGGUAUCUGUCAUGUAUCGUGUCUCCUAGAGGUAUUGUGUGUGAUGCCGCGGAGGUCGUGGCCCUGUACUGGAGGGAUGGUGGGGAGCGGGGAGGUGCUGGGGAGGCAGCCUCUGACUUGUUUGCUUAGCAUCAGUGGUAAGGAAUGUGAGUGUUUGCUGGGGUUGUUGUCAAAUAGUUAUCAGGGAACAGCCAGGAUUGAUAGGGGAUUUAUUUUUGACAGAACCUGAUAGAAGCCAAAAAGCCGAUAUGAGGAUAGGAUGCCUCUGCUCUUCGUGAGAGCAGGGUGGAGCCAUGGAGCCACAUUGACUGGGAAAUUGUUAGGGGAAGGCCUUCUGGCUGGAGGACAUCAGGCUCCUUGUUGUAUGGUUCCCUAGGAAGGGCUCUGCCUUGGAGGAUAUGUGCCCUACCCAACAGAAUGGAAAGGCUGAAAUCAAGGCUAGCAAGUGCCCAUGUCCUUCAAGUCCCAAAGUUUGGAAAUAUUUCCCUUAAGAUAAAUGUGUUUGAGUUUUUGGUUCUUCAGGAACUGGGUUGGCCGGUCAUGGUAAUGAGAAACCCUGAGGCCAGGCAGACGCCAAUCAUGGGAGGGGUUUCCUUCCAGAUUAAUUUCAAGGAAUACCAUGCCAUCUGAAGUGUGUUUGGGAUCUGGGCUCCAUACCCAGCUUCAGGCUACAACAGUCCUUGAAUACUCAUUUUCAAUGGCAGACUCAUGAGACCAUUUCAGGCCAAGAAUCUCAUCAAAAGUUCCCUUGACAUAGAUGACAUCUAACUAAGAAAGAAGCUGCCUUAAAACUAACAGUCCUGGGAGAGGAACUGUGGGCCCUGCCCUAGGGCUGUGGAGAUUUAGCCACUCAGCUGAGCUUUGGGUCCCCCUGCCAAAAUCUGGCCCAGGGAACAAAGGAAUACUCAGCUCCUUUCUCUUUUAAUGCCAAUGGCUGUGGGAGAGGGAAAGGCUCAAGGCGAGGGCUCAGCUCCCAGCCUCCAUCUCCUCCCACAGAUGAUGCAUUUGCAGGAGGCCUGUUUAAUGUCCUUGCUGUCCCCAGGGCAGUACUAAGGCCAGACCAAAGCCUGCUGUGCUGCUUGCUAGCUGCAAGAACCAGUCACAAGGAUUGGAGUUGGGGGAGGGAUUCAGGGGAGAUGGCAGGGUGGCACACAAGUCUCGAAAAUGACGGGGCAGGGCUAGGGACAAACUGGUUCACUUUGAUUGCCACUUACCAUGGUGCUUUCCCCCUUUCCCUUGAAUUCUGCUUUGAAAAGAAUAAAUUUGUAUUUGUUUACUUCAGUUCCUCUGGCUAUGCUC